CCGCCAUUGUUAGUCGUGCGCCGCGCGUCCAUGGCGUCCGCAUCGCUCUUGCAGCCAUAUUGGUUUGUACUACCCGUCGCACGCCGCUCGCUUGCGCCGCCAUCUUGGCCGCUCGCGACGAGCCACCAUCUUUUAUAAACAAACAACAACGCGCCGCGCGCGCCCGUUCUUCGAAUCACGUGGAAGUCGGCUGUCGGCGCCGCCGGAGUGGCCGCCGCAGGCACGAUGAUGGCCGAUCCGAACAUGCUGUGCGAGGUGGAGAUCCAACCGGACAUUCAGGAGUGCGUCGAAAUCGAGACGAUACCGGUGGAUAUGCACGACGACGAGUGCGGCGACACGAUGAUCCAGGCGCUCGACGGACGCGAUAUCAUCCUCGAGGCGCAGGAGGAGAUCAUCGACGACACCGGCGACCCGCUCAAUCUGUACGACGUACCAGUACCGGACGGCUCCGACAUCUACGUGGAGUCAACAUCACCGGGCCCGUCGACGGCGCACCGCCGCAAGAAGGCCGCCAUGCACAAGGGUCGCAAUGUGCUGCAGCGGCGCGACCACAACGAGAUUAUGCUCGGCGAUGUGCACGUCGAGACGCGACCGCGCAAGUGGGAGCAGAAGCAGGUGCAGAUCAAGACGAUGGAGGGCGAGUUCUCCGUGACGAUGUGGGCGUCGGGCACUAGCGACGAUGAAGGAUCGAACCCAGAGCCGGACCCAGACUACACCGAAUACAUGACGGGUAAAAAGAUGGCUUCGGAUGGUAUCGUCCAAGGUCUAGACUUGUCUGAUCCGAAACAACUCGCCGAAUUCGCUCGUCCUGGCCUCAAACAAAAUCCGAGAAAGAUGCGCCCAUCACCGGAUACCUCCGACAGGACGAUAGCAUGUCCACACAAAGGCUGCAACAAAAUGUUCCGCGAUAAUUCCGCAAUGCGUAAGCAUCUGCACACGCACGGGCCGCGCGUGCACGUGUGCGCCGAGUGCGGCAAGGCGUUCGUCGAGUCCUCCAAGUUGAAACGCCACCAGCUGGUGCACACCGGCGAGAAACCGUUUCAAUGCACGUUCGAGGGCUGCGGCAAACGAUUUAGUUUAGAUUUUAAUUUAAGGACACAUGUACGCAUCCAUACGGGUGACCGCCCCUACGUGUGCCCCUUCGACGGGUGUAACAAGAAAUUCGCACAGUCAACGAACCUCAAGAGUCACAUAUUGACGCACGCCAAAGCAAAAUCGAGAAACUCGAUAAACCGCAGCGCCAGCCAGCACAUGCAGAUCAUGCAGCCGCAGUUCGUCAAGGUGGAGGUGGCCGACGUGGAGCCGUACAUCGUCUACACCGAUUGAAUUUCCACACUCCUCCGCGUGGACACAAAGUGAUAUUAGCCGUCAGAGGACGUACAAUCAUCUAUUAUUAUUAUUAUUCUAUUAAUUGAUAAUGAAUUCGCAUCGCAAACCAGAACAAAACCAAGUACCACUUAGUUUUAACGAAGAAAUCUACUACGCCUAAGUUGCUAUUACUAUGCCAGACUAGUUUUUAUACGACGCGAGUGUUUUGUGCGAGAGAUAAACAAUUUACAAACAAUACAACACAAAAAAAAAGAGUGAUAUUUUAAGUUUUAACGCAACUCUCCCCCCGAUUCGUAUUGGUUUCGUUUUUACCGCGUACCGUGUACUCUCUUACGUUCUAUACUACAUUUCGUCUUAGUUUAUUAUGGAUUAAGUCAUCUCUAGAGGUUAGACACACAACUAUCAUAACUCGUUUCGAUUAUGAUUCCUAUCAAUGUGAGCAGAAAGAUGUGAGAGUGGAGAAAGAAUAAGCUGUACAUACUACGAUCUAGCUGAUAAGCAUAGUUCUAUCUACAUUGUAACUGUAUACAUAUUAAUUUAAGAUGAGAGCUGACGAGAGUACGUUACAUACAAAUGUGGAAAAUAUUUUGCAAGCAAAAAAUAAAGAAAUUUCAGCAAA